AUGCAGGUGGCGAUAAAAAUAAUAGACAAAUCUCAGCUGGAUGCGGUGAACCUUGAUAAGAUCUACCGAGAAGUACACAUAAUGAAAUUGCUAAACCACCCUCACAUCAUCAAGCUCUAUCAGGUAAUGGAGACCAAAAGUAUGUUGUACCUUGUGACAGAAUAUGCCAAAAAUGGAGAGAUAUUUGAUUAUCUUGCUAAUCAUGGCCGGUUAAAUGAGUCCGAGGCCAGGCGCAAAUUCUGGCAAAUCCUGUCUGCUGUUGAAUACUGUCACGGUCGGAAGGUUGUGCACCGAGACCUCAAAGCUGAAAAUCUUCUGCUGGAUACCAACAUGAACAUCAAGAUAGCAGAUUUCGGUUUUGGGAAUUUCUUUGAACACGGUGAGCUGCUGGCAACGUGGUGUGGCAGCCCUCCCUACGCAGCCCCAGAAGUCUUUGAAGGGCAGCAGUAUGAAGGACCACAGCUGGAUAUUUGGAGCAUGGGAGUUGUUCUGUACGUCCUUGUCUGCGGGGCUCUGCCUUUUGAUGGGCCUACUCUUCCCAUUUUGAGGCAGAGAGUUCUAGAAGGAAGAUUCCGGAUUCCAUAUUUCAUGUCGGAAGAUUGUGAGCACCUCAUUCGGAGGAUGCUGGUCCUAGACCCAGCCAAGCGGCUAAACAUAGCACAGAUCAAGGAGCACAAGUGGAUGCUGGUGGAAGUUCCGGUCCAGAGACCUGUUCUCUAUCCACAAGGGCAAGAGAAUGAGGCCUCCCUCGGGGAGUUCAACGAACAGGUUCUGCGACUGAUGCACAGCCUCGGGAUCGACCAGCAGAAGACCAUUGAGUCUUUGCAGAACAAGAGCUAUAACCACUUUGCUGCCAUUUACUUCCUGCUGGUGGAGCGCCUCAAGUCCCACAGGAGCAGCUUUCCUGUGGAGCAGCGCCUGGAUGCCCGUCAGCGGCGGCCCAGCACCAUCGCUGAGCAAACAGUUGCCAAGGCGCAAACUGUGGGACUCCCUGUGACCCUGCAUUCACCGAACGUGAGGCUGAUGCGAUCCACCCUCCUCCCUCAGGCGUCCACUGGGGAGGGCUUUUCCUUCCCAGCAUCUGGCUGUCAGGCGGAAGCGGCCUUCAUGGAGGAAGAGUGUGUUGACACGCCAAAGGUAAACGGCUGUCUGCUCGACCCGGUGCCUCCCGUCCCGAGGAGGAAGGGCUGCCAGUCCUUGCCCAGUAACAUGAUGGAGACCUCCAUUGAUGAGGGGCUGGAGGCUGAAGGAGAGGCCGAGGAGGACCCGGGCCACGCCUUCCAAGACUUUCAGGCCACCCGCAGCGGGCAGAGAAGACACACCCUGUCAGGAGUUACCAACCAGCUGGUCGUCGUGCCAGGCUCAGGGAAAAUGUUCUCCGUGAGUGACACCCCUUCCCUUGACAGUGUGGACUCUGAGUAUGAUAUGGGGUCUGUCCAGAGGGACCUGAACUUUCUGGAGGAUGACCCUUCCCUUAAGGACAUCAUGCUAGCCAAUCAGCCAUCGCCACGCCCUGGGUCUCCCUUCAUCAGCCUGAGGCCUGCCAACCCAGCCAUGCAGGCCCUCAGCACCCAGAAGCGGGAAGUUCACAACAGGUCUCCAGUGAGCUUCCGAGAGGGCCGCAGAGCAUCGGACACCUCCCUCACCCAAGGCAUUGUCGCUUUCAGACAGCACCUUCAGAAUCUGGCUAGAACCAAAGGGAUCCUAGAGUUGAACAAAGUGCAGUUGCUUUACGAACAGAUAGGACCAGAGGCCGACGCCCACUUGGCAUCAGCAGCUGCUCAGCUCCAAGAUCUUGCCAGCAGCUGCCCACAGGAGGAGGUGUCGCAGCAGCAGGACGGCGUCUCUGGUCUCCCUGCCAGCGUCCACCCUCAGCUCACCAGGCGGCAGAGCCUGGAAACCCAGUACCUGCAGCAUCGGCUCCAGAAGCCAAGCCUUCUGUCGAAGACUCAGAACACCUGCCAGCUGUACUGUAAAGAAGCGCCCCGGAGCCUGGAGCAGCAGCUGCAGGAGCACAGGCUCCAACAGAAAAGACUCUUCCUCCAGAAGCAGUCCCAGCUGCAAGCCUAUUUUAACCAGAUGCAGAUAGCCGAGAGCUCCUACCCACAGCCCAGUCAGCAGCUGCCUCUUCCCCACCAGGAGAGCCCCCCACCGCCUCAGCAGCCUCCGCCGCCAUUCAGCCUGGCCCAGCCCCUGAGCCCCGUCCUAGAGCCUUCUGAGCAGAUGCAAUACAACCCUUUCCUCAGGCAGUACCAAGAGAUGCCCCCGCCGCCGCCACCACCGCCUCCUCCGCUGCAGCCACAGCAGCCUGGAGCCACCCCGCGGGCCCUGCCCUUCUCCUAUCCUCAGACUUGUGAGCUGCCCAGCACCGCUUCCCCGGAGCCAGACUACCCCACGCCCUGCCAGUAUUCCAUGGACGGAGCCCUGCCAAGUGGCAUAGCCAUGCCAGACUGCCCCAGGAGCUCAGGACUGCAGGAGGACCCCUCCAGCUACAACCCACUAGCCCUCCCCGAGCUGCCUGGCCUCUUUGACUGUGAGAUGCUAGAGGCCGUGGAUCCGCAGCACAGCGGGUACGUUCUGGUGAAUUAGUCUCGGCCCAGGAGGUGAGGUGGGUCCAGUGAAGGAAGAGUGUGUUUCCUUUUUAAUUCCAGCCUUUUAAAUGUAAAGCUUAUCUUCUUGCCCUGUUUCUCCUGGGGGGAAACCAAGUGGCCCCGCUGGAAUCAGAGGGUCUGGCUGGGGUACCUUUUGUCCUCCCACAAAGUUUUCUGUGGAAAAUGCUGGAAUGUAAGUGGGAGGCUGAAGACCGUGCCCUUGGGUCGAGUGGAGCAAAAGCAAGCCUGCCGGGGGCACCAGCCCCCUUGGUAAGAAGACCCUCAGGCGGGUCUGAUGCAGGAUCACCUCUGUUUAUUUUCCCGGGGAAGCCUUGGUGCAGGCAGGAAAAUGUAUGCCAUUGCUUAUAAUGUGGGCGAUGUGUUUUUUUUUAAGGGCAAUAUAUUUUUCACUGACGCAGAGCAAUGACACGUAAGAAGCUUAAAAGCAAAUCCAGAGCGCACAGUGGAAUUUGAUGCACAAGAAGGCCAGGAAAGGUGUCCUUUGCCAUCCAAUUACACAUUCUAAGCUGCUGCUGCUGCUGCUGCUACAAGCUGUGCCCAAGGCUGUGGAAUUUGAGCUUCAUUUUCAGGGGCCACUAACUGAAAGCUGGUACUGACCCCCGAGACUGGCCGUCGCCUCCAUGUGGAAGCAGGCGACACACCCCUGCAGAAGGUGCCUCCGGGUUGCAGAGUGUCGGAAUGUGUGUGCUCCAGGCCCCAAAGAUGUCCCCUGCAGAACCUGCAGGAGACCCAGCGCAGUCAGCGGGACUGCAGAAGCCUCCUCGCUCACCAGCCUGGGCCCAGGGAGGACCGGUUCCUCCCAAACGGGGACAGUUGGUCUCUAGGACCUGUUGUCUCUUUUAACAUGUAACAACUACUUUGACUUGACACUAUUCAUUGCUAGUAGUUUAUUGGGCUUUGUAUAUUUGGACAGUUUCAUAUAGGGCUUAGAAAUUUUAAGGACAAGAAAAGCGAAGUUUAUCUCCCAUGUGAAGUGGUGUGCUGUGCCUUCCCCCCGCCCCCUAAUCAUGCUUUGAUUAUUUCUGUUCUCUAGAAACCGUUUUUUCCAUAUUUACUUCGAUGCUAAAUCCAAAGUCACUUCAGAGCUCGUUUUCCACCAUGUGGGAAUUAGCAUUUUCUUACUUUCCUUAAAGUUUCAACAUGUAAUGAAAUGUUAAAGUAUUACAGCAAUAUUCAAAGAACCACAGAUGUGUUAACCAGUUAAGCAGAUCAUCUGCCAAACAUGUUUAAUUACUAGUAAAACUUAACCCUUACAACUCACGGAUGUCAGGAGGGGGAAAAGAAAAAACAGAUGCUACCGCUAGUUACCUGUAGACAGAGAGGUAACGCCUAGUCUGUCAUUUGGACCGCGACAUCCGAGUGUUACAAAUUCAGUAUUGCUUACCAAGAAGACCAUCUCUGCCCAUCAGAGCUGCUUAUCCUGUUGGCGGAUGAAGGCAUUAAGCACAAAGCAGGGAGGAGACACCAACGCCGCACCUAGAAAACACCUCUCCGUUGCCUUUCCUGUCUGCAGUAAAUGUCCAGCAGGUGAGGAGAGGCAGGGGGUUCUCCAAGGAGGUUCCUGCCAGCUCCCCACCGCCCCACCAAUGCAGGUCCCUGUGAGCAGCCCUUGCGGGGGCCACCUAAGGCACCUGGCCACUCCUCAUGGCCCUUCUGGCCAGGGAUGGGCUGCGGGUGGUGGCGGGAAGGUUGGCAUGGAGAACUGCCAGUCGUGUGAUUGAACCGCAUGCAGUGAAAAUCCAGGAAGGCUAAAUGGUGUUCCUUCCUCCUCACAAUUCAAUGACUCUGUGGAGUAGGCAAGCAUCUCUGUUGAGAGGAGCGGGGUGACCAUCAGCAUCCCAUCCGCUAGCUCGGUGAUUCUCAACCUUCCUCAUGUGGUGGUGACCCUGCAACCAUAACAUUAUUUUUGUCGCUACUUCAUAACUGUUAUUUUGCUACUGUUAGGGAUCAGGCGACCCCUAUGAAAGGGGUCAAGACCCACAGGUGGAGACCUACCGCGGCGCUAGCUGUGGCUUCCUCGUCUUUCUAGGACUCACUCAAGCUCAAAGUCUUGCUCUACUGAUCUCUGAUCCGUUUAAGGUGUCUGCAGGAUGAGCGAGUCCGUUAGCCAGCAGGGCUUGCUUUGUUCAGAUGGGAGGAGGAGGUGUGUGCGUUCUGCAUGGAACUGGCCCUGCGGUCUGAAAACGGUUUCAGAGUGGCAUGGUCACAUAACUGCAUCAACCCCUGCCCUCCAACGGGCCGAAGGCACACUCGGGCCAGUGGGUGAGGCUGAAAGAGGAGGGAGCGGUGGAGGGGCUAUUGGAAGAUUAAAGGGCCCAGAAAGAGCAGUCAGGACACCCCGAACAGGGGCCCCGGCUGUUCUGAAACCACCUGACAGGUAACAGGCCGCACCUGCUGAAGCUUACCUGUCCGACUGUUGGAGGCAGAAGUCAUGGAAUUCCAUGGCCAUCGGUGUUUGCUGAGGUGUAAGCUGGGGAGAGGGGACUGGUUCUGUUGGUCAGUGAGGUGUGUCCCCACCUGUCUGCUCAUCUCCUUUGCCAUCUUCCCUAACCAGUGACCUCUCCAAGCGUCCAUGCUGUGUUCUCCUUAGAAAUGCAAAGUAACACUGAGAGGGCUGAGAAGCACUCUUGACCCAGGAGGCUACUCUGCAAUGACUUCUCCGACCCCCUCCCUCGCCCCCUUUUUCACACGAGCAGUGUGUGUACACUACUGUAUAGCAACCAUUAGCUUUAUGAUCUUGUCAACCAGGCUCCUCUGAAGAGACUGUAGUGAGAUGAGCGUGAGGUAAAAAUUCCAUUCGGCAAAAAAGUG